UUCAAUAAGUCCACACAUAUUGAUACUACGUCGCAUGAAAAGUGAAAACUAAUGAAAUGAUUCUUGAUUAGAGAGAUGGACAAUAUUCCUACUAUCAUGUCUCAGCUCCUUCUGAUUUGGCAAAGAGGCAAGAUAUCAUUCUGUGCUUGUCUCUCUCUCCUUUUCCUCUGCCCCUUAGCCUACAACGGCGCCGCCAUAUUCUGCAUCAGCUUCCCUUUCCCGGGGAAAACUCCGCCCGAGCCGGCCAGUUUUUUGCCGGAAUAUGUUCCCGUUGUCCCUUCAACCGAAAACUUCACCACCGUUUUGCCUCUCCUGCAAAGUAAUAAUCAAAACAUGGUGGUUUCGACGAAACGGCCUGCGUUGCAUCGCCCGAAAAUAAGGAAAUUCGACGACAAUGUCGCCAAGAUUCUCCGGUACGAAGCUGUGAAGAAGCGGUUUGAAUUGAAAGUGAUCAAGUUUUUCAAACGGAAUUCGUGUAAGUUUCGCUUCUUCAUGACUUGGAUCUCCUCGGUCGAGUCUUUCGGGGAUAGGGAGCUGCUGUGUGUUGAAAGCGUGUUCAAAACACACCCCAACGGCUGCUUGAUCAUCGCGUCGACCUCGUUGGAUUCGCGGCAAGGGAGGUUGAUUUUGAGGCCCUUUUCAGACAUGGGAUUCAAGGUUGCUGCAAUGACACCAGACUUCAGUUAUCUGCUGAGGAGCACUGCAGCAGCCGCGUGGUACAACCGGCUGAAGCGUGGGGAUGUGAAUCCGGGAGAGAUCUCUCUAGGCCAGAAUUUGUCAAAUUUGCUGAGAAUAGGCCUUCUGUAUAGGUUUGGUGGGAUUUAUCUUGACACGGAUGUGUUGGUGUUGAAGAGUUUUGGGGAGCUGAGGAAUGUGAUUGGAGCUCAGAGUAUUGAUCUUGCUACGGGCAACUGGAGCAGGCUGAACAACGCGGUGAUGGUCUUCGACAAGGGGCAUCCUGUGGUGCGUGAGUUCAUGGAGGAGUUCGCGCGCACGUUUGAUGGGAACAGAUGGGGCCACAAUGGGCCUUACUUGGUGUCGAGAGUGGUUGCGAGGGUGAGUGGGAGGCCCGGGUUCGAUCUCACUGUGUUGCCACCCUUGGCGUUCUAUCCCGUGCGUUGGAACAGGAUUGGUGGCCUUUUUGAAGGGCCAAAGAGUUUGAGGCAUUCGAAGUGGAUGGCUGCGAAGCUCAGGCAGAUUCGGAGCGAGAGCUUUGCUGUUCAUCUCUGGAAUAAACAGAGCAGGCAGUUUGAGGUUGAGAAAGGAAGCAUCAUUCAAGACUUGAUGUUCAGUUCCAGAGUUGUCACAAAUUCUUCUGUCUUUGAAUGAAUAUAUAUUUCUUGUCUUUUCACCAAUUCAUCAUGUUUAUGAAUAAUUGUUCUGUUUUUACAAGUUUUUAGAUCAAAUGUAGCUACUGGUUCUUAUUUUA